UGAAGGUCACUAAAACAAACCAAAAGCUCUCAGCGCUGCGGUCCAAUAUAGCGCAUGCGCACUGCCUCGGGACUCAUACACAGUCAGACUGCAAUAUGGCGAGAAUGCCUGGCAGCGGGGACCACUGCUGUAGUGAUGAACCGGACCCGAUGUCAGGGAAUCGAGAGAGAGUCGAAGGCUCGGGAGAUGGAGAAGAAGAAGAGGAGGGAGAAAUUCAGGAGAUCCAGAUUACAGGGGAAGAGGGAGAAGUGUCAGAAGAAGAAGCCGAGUUGGAGUGGGAGGAGUGCGGGGAGCCCGACAGCUGCGCUACCGUGGAAACGGGGGAAGCGGUCCUUAUGCGGAAUACAGACCAGCACUGCGGGGACGAGCCGGAGUCCGUGGACCCGUUUUUCGCAGCUUUAGACUCUGAAACCGAGGGAGACAUGCAUCGCUCCCCGUCGGAUCGCUCCAGGCUCAGCGAGAACACACGCUUGGCAACCCGAUACGCGGUGCGAAUCUUCAGGGAAUACCUGACUGAGAAGGCGCAAAGUACGGACUUUGAGAGCAUGGAUAAGCACGCGCUCUGCAAAGUGCUGCGCUCUUUCUAUUCCGAGGCGCGCUCCAAAAGCGGCCAGCUGUACAGCAAGUCUUCUCUUAUCAGCAUCCGAAGCUCGCUCAACCGGUACCUGAACGAACCCCCCUUCUGCCGCACGCUGGACCUCACCAAGGACCCCGAGCUGCGCAGCGCCAAUCUCGCGCUCGCCGCGGUGAUACGCAAACUGGAAGAGCAGGGCGCCGGUCCCGUGGUGCAGAAGCAAGCCAUUACGCGUUCCGACCUGCGAAAACUAUACACUUCGGCAGUGUUCAGCGCCAGCUCGCCAUUCGGGCUCCUCAAUAAAGUGUGGUUCGAGACUUGUAUGUACUUCUGCACGAGGGGGCGGGAGAAUCAGCGCGAGCUAGAGGAGGACUCUUUCGGGCUGGCCAUGGAUGAGGACGGAAGAAAGUUUGUCUACUUUAAAGCUCUCGGGCCGUAUCACAAGUCUCGUUCAGCCUCCUGGACUAAAAAAAGAUCCGACACGGAUGAUGACAACCUUCCCCGCAUGUACGAGACGGGCACGGAGUUUUGCCCGUACGCGAGCUUCGUGAAGUACCUCUCCAAGCGCAAUCCUCUCUGUAAGGCUUUUUUCCAGCGACCGCGGGAUCACUGCGGCGAGAGCGACACGACUUGGUACGAAAAUAAAGCCAUCGGCAAAAACCUGCUGGGCACGAGAAUGCAGAUGCUCUCGCGGGCCGCCAAACUCUCAAAGACCUAUACCAACCACUGCAUCGGCGCCGUCUCCAUAGCAACGCUUAACGGCAUUGCGGGCAUCGGGUCAAAGUUGGCGCCUCUCCGGGUCUCCCCGGAAACGGUCAACGGAACGCGCCAUCCGCAUAACUUGCAGCACGUGCUGUCCUGCGCGCACGACUCCGAAGACGAGUCCGAGCUCAAACCGCAGAAAGUGAUCAAACGCCCGCGGCCGCAGGUCUAUCCGAUCAGCGUUUCAGGACCAGGGCCAGGGGCAUCGCCAAAAAGACUUUGCGCGCGCCCUGCAGUUGAGCGCGCGGGCACUCCGACUGUCACCGCGCUGGUAACCUCUCUUUGCGAACCCAACGGAGAGAUCUCUCAUAUGCUUCCCUCACAGGAGAAUCGCAGCAACAGUGUGGGCAUGUCCACUCGGCCUCUAUUGGCACAUUCGCCUGCCUCGCCGAUGUGCACAGCUGGCAUCCCCACACCUGCACAGCUUACGAAGGCCAACGCGCCAGUGCAUAUCGACGUAGGGGGUCACAUGUAUACCAGCAGCCUGGCCACAUUAACCAAAUAUCCAGAAUCCAGGAUUGGCCGUUUGUUUGAUGGCACAGAGCCCAUCGUAUUGGACAGCCUGAAGCAGCAUUAUUUUAUAGAUCGGGACGGACACAUGUUCCGCUACAUAUUAAACUUCCUCAGGACCUCAAAACUGCUCAUCCCAGAUGACUUUAAAGACUACUCUCUGCUGUACGAGGAGGCCCGAUAUUUCCAACUGCAGCCACUGCAGACUGAGCUUGAGCGCUGGCGUUCUGAGCAGGACUCUAAGUACACAUCACGCAUGUGUGAGUGCGUGGUAGUGCGCGUGGCCCCCGAGCUGGGAGAGAGGAUAACGCUCAGCGGCGAUAAAGCCCUCAUUGAGGACAUCUUCCCAGAGAUAGGAGACGUCAUGUGCAACUCUGUGAACGCGGGCUGGAACCACGAUUCCACUCAUGUCAUCCGAUUUCCUCUUAAUGGAUACUGCCACCUCAACUCCGUACAGGUUCUGGAGCGUCUGCAGCAGAGAGGUUUUGAGAUUGCCGCUUCCUGUGGAGGCGGUGUGGACUCAACCCAGUUCAGCGAGUACGUACUGAGGAGAGAGCUCAAACGAAGUCACCGUGGGGUCACAACCUCCGUCAUUCGAAUCAAACAGGAACCAAUGGAUUAGUUGUCCAAUUUUACAGAAAAAAAUAAACUGGGUAUUUUUAACUGAAGAUGAGGGAUGUUUUGUUUUUUGUUUUGUUUAUCUUACGGUCCUAAAGGACUUUUUCAUGGGUACUGUUCGAAUAAACAGAUUUCAGAAGGAAAUGUUUGUUUAAAUUCAAACAGGAUUUUCCCCAAGCUCUCUGGUGAUGUAGAUCUCUGAACGGUUUCCUUUGUGAUGGUUUGUUUUAAAACUUCAAGACUGCACCUUUGCCAGAUUUGUCUUCAGGACGGCAGCUUGGAGGGAAAGAAGCUGAUGUUAGACUCUAUACUGUAUGACAUCUUGUAAAGAAAUUCAUCAGCCAUACUUAUUUAAUAACCGGUUUGAUGAAUCAUUUAUGUUGCUAAUCUUGAAGUGUUUCUCUCAUAAAUAUCUCAUCACACCAGAGAGGAAUAGCAGCUCUAGCUCCAUGACACCUCUAAUUAGAGAAAUAUAUAUUAUAUAAACACAACACACAAACAAAUGAUAAGCCACAGCAGUGAUUUUUAUUUUGGGGAACCUUUAUUUAGCUAAACACAGUCCAAAUUAUUCACAGUAUUUCAUUUUUAAAUAGGAUAUGUCUUCCUUAAAAAAAUAUUUUUUUAGUAAGCCAUUUUAGCAUAAUAGCAAAAGUCAUUCGGUCAGUUUAAUUUGUCUAAUGGAAAAAAAGGUUAUUAAAAUGUUAAGGAAAGUUGUUUUUAAUCAUAAAUUGACAGGUUUGACUGGAUAUAUUCCUAAAACGGGUUCACAAUCCACGAGAUUCAAGUUUGAGAAGAAUGUAAUGUGAUAUUGUUAAUAAAAGUUUCUAAAAGUGA